UGGGGCUCCCGCGCGGGUCUCCGGGGCCUGCUCCGUAGUCCCUAUGCUGCGCUCCUUCCGGGCUGCGCGCGGGGAGUGCACGGCUCUGCUGUCCUCUGCAAGAACUGGCUCAAGAAAUUUGCCUCGAAAACCAAAAAAAAGUUUUGGUAUGAAGGUCCUUCCUUGGGCUCUCACUUGACUUACAAACCAUCCAAGUUGGAACUCCUCAUGAAGACCACCUCAGAGAAAACCAGGAAGGAAGACCAUGUGCGUGUGAGGGCCCUGAACGGUCUCCUCUAUAAGGCACUGACAGACCUGCUGUGCACCCCGGAAGUGAGUCAGGAGCUGUAUGACCUUAACGUGGAGCUUUCCAAGGUUUCCCUGACUCCAGACUUCUCAGCCUGCCGAGUGUACUGGAAGACAACGCUCUCUGCUGAGCGGAACGCACACAUGGAGGCUGUCCUGCAGAGAAGUGCCGCGUCCAUGAGGCACCUGUUGAUGUCCCAGCAGACCGUGAGGAAUAUGCCACCUAUAGUGUUUGUUAAAGACAAGAAAAGUGCAGCUCUCGCUGAGCUUGACAAGUUACUGGCAGUCGCUGACUUUGGACCCCGGGAUGAAAGAGACGACUUUGUACAAAAUGAUUUCAGGGACGCCGAUGCCCCGCAAUCCUGUGGCACCACAGAGCCGGCCCCCAGUGUAUGUGGUAUCAAUCAUGAGGCGCUCAACAAGCAGAUUAUGGAGUACAAAAGGAGGAAAGAUAAAGGGCUCGGGGGCCUGGUGUGGCAGGGGCAGGCGGCUGAGCUGACAACGCAGAUGAAAAAGGGAAGGAAGAGGGCCAGGCCCCGCCUGGAGCAGGACAGCUCUCUCAAGAGUUACCUGUCGGGCGAGGAGGUGGAAGAUGACCCGGACCUCGCUGAUGCCCCGGAGUACGAAUGCUACGCCCUGGACACAGAGGAGUUGGAGGCAGAGAAAGGAGGUGGCACAACGCAGGAUGGCCGCGGCUGCAAUGCCAGCAGGGAGUAGAUGGAGAGGCGUCAGCUCUGCCCGUCCCACGUUCACAGGGAAAAGCAUUGGCACAUGACGCAGCAUGUGGCUUUGUUGAGGCAGUUGAUGGAGUUAAAACCAUCUGCUCUUCUGUUACGUCGACGUUUUCUAGCCUUUCCCUGUAUCUAAACACAGUUUGCUACAGAAGUCUCUGUUGUUUUUUUCCAUACACCGUGUGUAAUGUAAAAAAUAAAUGGCCAUCUUACCACAGAUUCUCACAAAAA